GAACAUUCUCGAAGCUUCUGCUCGGGCCAGCGCCUUUAUAAGCCGGCAGCCCCCCACUCCCGGCGUCAUUUCUCAUCCAGUCGUCGUGCGAUCACCGUGCGUUCCUGAGCCGAGCCGGCUGCGACUUUGUUCCCUGUGCACCGCUGAUAUUCUAGAAUUUUCAAGAUGCCCGAAGAAACCAUGCAAGGUGAUGUUGAGACCUUCGCCUUCCAGGCUGAGAUUGCUCAGCUUAUGUCCCUGAUUAUCAACACAUUCUACUCCAACAAAGAAAUCUUCCUCCGUGAAUUGAUUUCCAACUCCUCUGAUGCCUUGGACAAGAUCCGCUAUGAGUCGCUCACAGACCCGUCCCGCCUGGACAGUGGCAAGGACCUUAACAUCAGGCUCAUCCCCAACAAGAACGACCGUACUCUCACCCUUAUUGACACUGGUAUUGGCAUGACCAAGGCAGACCUCGUCAACAACUUGGGUACCAUCGCCAAGUCCGGCACCAAGGCCUUCAUGGAAGCUCUCCAGGCUGGUGCUGACAUCUCCAUGAUUGGUCAGUUUGGUGUUGGUUUCUACUCUGCCUACCUGGUCGCCGACCGUGUCACAGUCGUCUCCAAGCACAACGAUGACGAGCAGUACGUGUGGGAGUCCUCUGCUGGUGGUUCCUUCACCAUCAGACCAGACACUGGUGAACCUAUUGGCCGGGGCACCAAGAUCAUUUUGCACAUGAAGGAAGAUCAAAUGGAGUACCUGGAAGAACGCAAAGUGAAAGAAAUUGUCAAGAAGCACUCCCAGUUCAUCGGCUAUCCCAUCAAGCUCCUCGUCGAGAAGGAACGCGACAAGGAACUUAGCGAGGAUGAAGAGGAGGAGGAAGAUGACAAGAAGGACAAGGAGGAAGAGAAGAAGGAAGGUGAUGAUGAGACUCCUAAGAUAGAAGAUGUUGGUGAGGAAGAUGAGGAGAAAGAAAAGAAGAAGAAAAAGAAGACAGUCAAGGAAAAGUACACUGAGGAUGAAGAGUUGAACAAGACCAAGCCCAUCUGGACUCGCAACCAGGACGAUAUUAGCCAGGAAGAGUAUGGUGAAUUCUACAAAUCUCUCACCAAUGACUGGGAAGAGCACCUUGCUGUCAAGCAUUUCUCUGUGGAGGGUCAGCUUGAGUUCCGUGCGCUGCUGUUUGUCCCAAGAAGAGCACCCUUCGACCUUUUCGAAAACAAGAAAAAGAAGAAUAACAUCAAGUUGUACGUUCGCCGUGUCUUCAUUAUGGACAACUGUGAAGAUCUCAUCCCUGAAUACCUUAACUUUGUCAAGGGUGUGGUUGACAGCGAAGAUCUUCCCCUCAACAUUUCCCGUGAGAUGCUCCAGCAGAACAAGAUUCUGAAGGUCAUCAGGAAGAACUUGGUCAAGAAGUGCCUGGAGCUCUUCGAAGAGUUGGCUGAGGAUAAGGAGAACUACAAGAAAUGCUACGAGCAGUUCUCAAAGAACCUGAAGCUUGGUAUCCACGAAGACAGCACCAACCGCAAGAAGCUUGCUGAGCUGAUGAGGUACCACACUUCUGCCUCUGGUGACGAAAUGUGCUCUUUCAAGGAAUAUGUUAGCCGCAUGAAGGAGAACCAGAAGAACAUUUACUACAUCACUGGUGAGAGCCGUGAGCAGGUUGCCAACUCUGCCUUUGUUGAGCGUGUCAAGAAGCGUGGAUUCGAAGUUGUGUACAUGACUGAGCCCAUUGAUGAGUACGUUGUUCAGCAGCUGAAGGAGUUUGAUGGCAAGCAGCUUGUGUCUGUUACCAAGGAGGGCCUUGAGCUUCCCGAGGAUGAGGAAGAGAAGAAGAAGCGUGAGGAGGAUAAGGCCAAGUUUGAAAACCUCUGCAAAGUCAUGAAGGACAUCCUUGACAAGAAGGUGGAGAAGGUUGUAGUUUCUAACAGAUUAGUUGAAUCUCCUUGCUGUAUUGUCACUUCACAGUACGGUUGGACUGCCAACAUGGAACGCAUCAUGAAGGCUCAGGCUCUUAGGGAUACCUCAACCAUGGGUUACAUGGCUGCCAAGAAGCACCUGGAAAUCAACCCUGACCAUGCCAUCGUUGAAACCCUUAGACAAAAGGCUGAAGCCGACAAGAACGAUAAGGCUGUUAAAGAUUUAGUUAUGCUGCUCUUCGAAACUGCUCUGCUUUCAUCUGGUUUCGCCCUUGAGGAGCCUGGUGUCCACGCUUCACGCAUUCACCGUAUGAUUAAGUUAGGUCUUGGAAUUGAUGAAGAUGAUGUCCCUGAAACCAAGGACGAUGUUAAGGAUGUUGAGAUGCCCGAUCUGCAGGCUGAUGCUGAAGAUGCAUCUCGCAUGGAGGAAGUUGAUUAAGUAAUUAGAUAAUUUAUGUUUUCUAAUUUUCAUCUCAUUUAUUUGUUCGCCAAAGCCAUUUAAUUUGUCACACUCAGUUAGGUUAGCUGUAGUGACUGAUCCUGACUGUCUUUCAUUCCUCACCAGUAUUUCUGGUCUCACAUGUACCUGUUACCAGUGUUAUGCUAUGCGAUCUUUUUUAUUGUAAUAAACUAAUUUGCCCCUUA